AUCCACACUGGGGAGAAGCCCUUUGAGUGCCUGGAGUGCGGGAAGGCCUUCAACCACAGGUCGUACCUCAAGAGGCACCAGAGGAUCCACACUGGGGAGAAGCCCUAUGUGUGUGGCGAGUGUGGAAAGGCCUUCACCCACUGCUCUACUUUCAUCUUGCACAAAAGGGCCCACACUGGAGAAAAACCCUUUGAGUGCAAAGAAUGUGGGAAAGCCUUUAGCAAUCGUGCAGACCUCAUCCGACACUUCAGCAUCCACACUGGAGAGAAGCCCUAUGAGUGCACGGAGUGCGGGAAGGCCUUCAACCGCCGGUCAGGGCUCACGAGGCACCAGCGGAUUCACAGCGGAGAGAAGCCCUAUGAAUGUGUCGAGUGUGGGAAAACCUUCUGCUGGAGCACCAACCUCAUCCGACACUCUAUCAUCCACACCGGAGAGAAGCCCUAUGAGUGCAGUGAGUGUGGAAAAGCCUUCAGUCGCAGCUCGUCCCUCACUCAGCAUCAGAGGAUUCAUACUGGGAGAAACCCUGUCCGUGUAACCGAAGUGGGAAGACCCUUCACGAGCGGGCAGUCCUCAGUCAACCUCCAAGAGCUCCUGUUGGGGAAAGACUUCUUGAAUGUAACCACUGAGGAAACUUCUUACUCAGAAUCUGAUCGUUCAUACCAAAGAGAACCCCCUCAGUUUCCUUCCCGAUGAGAAACCCUCUGUUGCAGGACAUCAUUUGUCAUCUGAGGAGUCAGAAGGGAAAGUUAUCCCAUCUGGAGCCUUAUCCUGUAUCUGAGAAUUCAUCCAGGGAGAGACCCAGUGAUUAUGUGCACAUAGGAAAACCUCCAGCUACAUGUUUUUCCUUGUUUUACACCGCAGUAAUAUCUCAGGAAUUUUUUUUU